UAUACUGAAUUUUAACACAAGAGCAGAGGAAGAGAGAGAGAGGAAGGAGCGGGAGAUCGGUGGAGAGAGAGAGCUCGCGAAAAUUGAAUACAUGUAGGAUAUAUAUUUCUAGGUGUAUUUUCCCCGGAGAAGCCGCAAAAAGGAUACAUCGAGGGGAAUAAUGUGAAGAGAAUGGAGGGCCAAAAGGAGAGAGGGGGGGCAGGCGCGUGAAAAACACAAUGUGGCUGCUGUUUCAAACAUCUCUGCUUCCUGCCUUCAUCAGUGAAAUAAAUUACGAGAUAAUGAGAAAGAGGCUGCCAUCGAGGACCUGCUAUUUCUGACAGUGAAUGUUGUGGCGGUGUUGAGCCACAAUGAAGGCUUUCUUUGUACCCUCACGUUUGGCUUCCUCGUUUAUUGCCAUGGUCACAGUACCCACACUCUCUCUGCUAUUGGCCCUGGUAGAAUGGGCGGGUCAGAGUAGCUCCUCCCCUCAUCUCUUGCUCCGGCCCCGAGAGCGUGAACGGGACCCGGUGGCAUCAAUGCACUUCAACAUCGCAGUGAUCCAUGUGGGCUCAACGGUUCAACAAGGGGAAGCAGGGGCUACAGCAGCUGCGGGUAGGGUGCCAUACCCGGGCUUCGGACGUGUACACAGCAGCUUUGGUGAGAGUGUCGUCACCCAGUGGGGAUCCGCAAACGUAAUCUGGCUCCAGGUGAAUGACAGCAGCCCCAGGACGCUGCUCUCUCAGCUGUGUGAAUUGCUGGCAGCCAGGCCCCUUCAGGGACUCGUGUAUGAAGAUGAGAGACCCCUCCCGCUGGCCUCUGGCCCCCUGGCCCCCAUGCUGGAGUUUGUUUCGGCCCAGACCGGCCUCCCCAUCGUUGCUGUGGGAGGGGGAGCAGGUCUGGGCAGGGUACCACAGGAGACCGGCUCAAUCUUCCUGCAGUUCAGCUCUUCCACCGCACUCCAAUUGGAGGUGAUCUUUGAGGUGCUGGAGGAGUAUGAUUGGACGGCCUUCUCGGUGGUGUCCACACGUCACCAUGGCUACCAGGACUUCCUGUCAGUAGUGGAAGGUUUGACCGACGGGUCAUUCAUCGGCUGGGAGAAGAAGAGCAUAGUGAUGUUGAAUUUAACUGAUGACCCAGGAGGAGCACGCACACGACGGCUACUGAAAGAGAAUGAAGCACAGGUGCGGUUGUUGUACUGCUCUCAAGAGGAAGCAGAACAGGUGUUCCAUGCUGCUUGGGCAGCUGGUCAGGCCAGCGCCUCUCACAUAUGGUUCGCAGUGGGUCCGGCUCUGUCCGAGCUGGGGCUGACCGGACUUCCCACUCGACUGUUUGCAGUCAGACCGCAGGGCUGGAGGGACGAACCCCGCAGACGUAUCGCCCGUGGGGUGUCCAUCCUUACCCAUGGAGCUGUCGCAUUGCGUAAAGACUAUGGAGCCACUGGAGGGCCGCACUUUGUCACUAACUGCCAGACAGAUGGCAACAGAACACAGAGGAUUCGCGGUAGAAUGAAGUAUUUCAGUAACAUCACACUUGGUGGGCGGGACUAUUCGUUCAAUUACGAGGGCUACCUGGCCAAUCCCUUUCUGGAUGUCAUCUCCUACACACCUGGGAGUGGCUGGGAAGACGUAGGAUGGUGGGAGAACGGGGUGUUACGUUUGAGGUAUCCUGCUUGGUCACGAUAUAGCCCCUUCCUGCAGCCACCCGAUGAUGCUCAGCACCUGAGGGUCGUGACCCUGGAGGAGCGACCCUUCGUUAUCGUGGAGCUUGCAGACCCUGCCUCUGGAACCUGCAUUAGGGACUCUGUACCAUGCAGACGGCCUCUCAAUGCCAGUGCACUUCAGGAAGGGGUGGCACCCAUGAAACAGUGCUGCAAAGGAUUCUGCAUCGACAUCCUUAAGCGAUUGGCCAGAAUUGUCGGCUUCACCUAUGACCUCUACUUGGUGACCAAUGGGAAACAUGGAAAAAAGAUUGAUGGAGUUUGGAACGGGAUGGUGGGAGAGGUUGUGUACAAGCGUGCAGACAUGGCGAUCGGCUCUCUCACUAUCAAUGAGGAGAGGUCAGAGGUCGUGGACUUCUCUGUGCCCUUUGUGGAGACUGGCAUCAGCGUCAUGGUCUCUCGCAGUAAUGGAACUGUGUCUCCCUCUGCAUUUCUUGAGCCGUACAGCCCUGCCGUGUGGGUGAUGAUGUUUGUAAUGUGCCUGACCGUGGUGGCAGUGACAGUUUUCAUCUUUGAGUUCUUCAGUCCAGUGGGGUACAACCGUAGCCUUCAGAGUGGCAAGAAGGCUGGAGGUUCUAAGUUCACAAUAGGGAAGUCAAUCUGGCUUCUUUGGGCUCUGGUCUUUAAUAACUCCGUUCCAGUGGAGAACCCCAAAGGAACCACUAGCAAGAUCAUGGUUCUUGUCUGGGCUUUCUUUGCUGUCAUCUUCCUGGCUAGUUACACUGCCAACCUGGCUGCCUUCAUGAUCCAAGAGGAAUACAUUGACACUGUGUCCGGCCUCAGCGAUAAAAAGUUUCAGCACCCCACAGAAGAGUACCCCCCUCUGAAAUUUGGAACUGUCCCUAACGGAAGCACAGAGAAAAACAUCCGCAGUAACUAUCCAGACAUGCACCAGUACAUGAUCAAAUACAACCAGAAAAGUGUGGAGGAUGCCAUCUCCCACCUCAAGACUGGUAAGCUGGAUGCCUUAAUCUAUGAUGCGGCUGUAUUAAACUACAUGGCUCGUAAAGAUGAAGGCUGUAAAGUAAUGACCAUCGGCUCAGGGAAAGUGUUCGCCACAACUGGUUACGGCAUCGCCCUGAUCAAGAACUCCCGCUGGAAACGGCCAUUGGACCUGGCCUUACUGCAGCUGGUGGGCGACGAUGAGAUUGAGAUGCUAGAGCGUCUCUGGCUCUCAGGGAUCUGUCAUAAUGAUAAAAUUGAGGUGAUGAGCUCCAAACUAGACAUAGACAACAUGGCUGGUGUGUUCUACAUGCUGCUGGUGGCCAUGGGCCUAAGUCUGCUUGUCUUCGCCUGGGAACACCUGGUAUACUGGAGGUUGCGGCACUGCAUGAGCAAAAUGGGCCAGUCAGGCAAACUGGACUUCCUACUCGCCUUCAGCAGGGGAAUGUAUAGCUGCUGCAGUUUUGAAGAUGAAACUGCACAAGGUGGGGCUAAAGUCACAGUUCCUGGCCACCAUCACACUGCCAUGGUCCCUGUUUCUUCCUCACAUGUGGUCACUUCAGCUGUAUCCACUCCAGCCAUUGCCAUGGUGCAGCAACAGCAGCAGCAGCUGCAACCACAACAGCCUCAACCUCCUCAGUCUUACAAAACACCUCUUCCUGGAUCCCCUCCCACAAUUGUUCAUUCUGGAGCAGCCUUGGGUCCCACAAAUACUCAACUUGUAGGAGCUCCACUACCAUGCACUACUUUCUUACCCCGGCCAGAUCGCAGAUUGGCGGUUGUGGACCGCUGGAGACUGCCCAAAACCGCUAAUGCCACAACCUCCAUGGGCGUGAGAGGAGCCCUAGCAGAAACAGGACCCCUACCCCAAAAGGGGGCACCUACCUGGGCAAGUGGUGGAGGCACAGGUAGUGGUCUAGAUGGAUAUAAGCGCUACUAUGGACCUAUUGAUCCAGAGGGACUUGGGCCAUGUGUGGACCAACAGACUGGCUCUCAAACUCCAAAAUCAGUCCCCAGAGCCCACCAACAACCCCCACCAACUAGUGUGGCUUUCUACCAGGAGAAGGGCAUGGACCAUGGCAUGGGGAAGAAGGUGGGAGCGGGUACUGGUGGAGGGGGUCAGGGUAGAGGGGUUAAAUCUCUGGGGACUCCCAGGCUUCCUCCUAAAAGCCAGGCCCCAGCCUCACUGACACCUAACCCCCCACUGCAGCACCCCUCUCCCCCUCUCCCUUCAUCCUUCUGGAGAAAACGGCGACCAAAAAAGCCCAAAGAACCUGGUGGCCCAUUAUACGAGAACAUCCUGCCACUAGGCCGGAGAGGUGGAGGCAGGGAAGCGAGUCGAAGACUGAGACCCUCUCCUCCUCUCCCCAUCCCUGUGCCAGUCACACUUUCCCCAAGCUACACUCCUCCAUCCCCCUCGCCCUCAUUCCCCUACACCUCCACAUCAUCCUCCUCAUCCACCACCAGCUCCUCAACCACAUCUUCAGCCACAUCCUCACGCUCCACCUCUCCUUCAUCCACUUCCACAGCUUCAUCUCGCAGCACCCGAGACAGAGAGGCUGAGGAAGAGGAUGAGGAGGAUUUGGAUGAGCUGACCGAAGAGUCUAGUCUUCUGCAGGGCAACAACAGAACCAGGGACCGAGAGCGGUCCAUACUAUCCCCUAGAUCUCUCACUCAUGGACCUCCCCCUCCUAUACCCCCGCGCAAACCGUGGGGCACUUUUGUAGACAGGGAGCAUAAGAAGGACAGAGAGAGAGAAAGGGGUGGCAAUCAACUAGCACAGCUCCAGGAAUGGUGGGCAGGAUGGGCAGAGAGAGAGAGGGACAGGGAGAGAAAUGGUGGAGCCCAGGGAGAUACAGAAAGGAAAAGAGAGAAGAAACGUAGGAAAGAGAUGGAAAAGGAGAAAAAGAAAAAGAAGAAGAAAAGCAAAAAACGAAAAAAGAGGGAGGAGCGUGAAAGAGAAAGAGAAAGAGAGAGGAAGCGUCGCAAGGUGAAAAAGAAGAAAAAGAAGGCAAUGAAAACCAAAAAGAAGAAGAAGGUGUCAUCCGGCAAGCGGUCGGAGCCAGAGGAGGGUGAUGUUGAGGCAGUGAGAGAUGAAGAUGGGGAUGGGGAUAGAGAAGGAGAGUACUCAUCAUUUUCCACUCAAUAUCGUAGUACUUUUGUCGACAAAGGCAGCCUUUCAGCUUGGGAGGGAGAGCGAGAAAGAGGGAGGAGAGAUGGAGGUGAGGACGAUAGGGACGAACGAGAGGAUGAGAGUGGGGGAGGUAGAGGUAGACCGAGAAGACCCAAAAGCUCCCAUUCACGACACCAGCCAUCCAGUAAACGCUAUCCCAACCUCAACAAACUCCCCUCUUCAGUUAAAUUCUGGGUCAGUGGAGGUGAAGCAGUUGGCACGGAGGCCUCCGGACCCUCCCCUCCCUCCUCUUUACAUACACUCUUCUCCUCAUCCAAGAGACGGAGGAGUAGUGGGGUAGAGAGAGAGGAAGAAGGGAGAGUAGGAGAACGCAGGCCACUGCUUCUCCACAAUGAAAGGGGGCGAGUUAACCCAAGAGAAGGCCUGUCCUUCCAUGAGUGGGACUCUGAGGAUGAGGAGAAAGAAGAGGAGAGAGAGAGAGAACGAGAAAGGGAGAGAAUAGAGGAGAGAGUGUGUCAGGCAGGGAGAGGGGCAGUAUCAGAGUCUGAGCGGGAUAGAAUAAGAGCAGAGGAAAGCUUUUCUGAUGAGGGGUCCUCAGGAGAGUUUGGCUGUUUUGAGAGAUACUGGGAAGGAACUGGAGCGGGUGGAGCUAGUGGAAUUGGGGGUGGGGGCUGGUUUUUUGGAACAUACCCUGCUCGAGAGAAAGGUGGAAGUGUCAACAGUAGAGAUGACACUAUUUUGGGUCGGACUGAAGGAUGGCGUAUGGCAGGUGAUUUUUGGGGUUCGGGUCCAGGAAUUGGAUGGGGAUCUGGAGGAGGCAGUGGAGGGCUGGCUUCACAGUGGCCACCCCCUCCCACUUCCCUGCCACCCCCGCGACGCUAUUGGUCUGUCGACAAACUACAGAUGAAGGGUGAGAAGCGAAGUCGCAGUGGGUCAAAGAGCAAAGGUCAGAGGUCUCGGGAUAGAAUGCAAGACGCAGCAUCAUGUACUUGUACACAGUAUGGGCACGGUAGGCCCCACGUACACCACAAACACAGCAGCACUCAAUCUCACAGCCAGGACGAUCUGCUUCCCCACUGCCACAGCUUCAGUGGAAGCUCUCGGCGCAAACCACCCCCUAAACCUGACAAAUCCAAAUCCGGGAGUCAGUCCAACCUAAACUCCCAGCAAUCCCAGCUCUCAGAACACAUACCCCAGCCAUCCCCCUCCCCACCUCAGCCACUCUUGCCCUCAUUACCUGUACCUUCUGCUCCCAACUCCCUGCCCAUUCCUCCACCUCCAUCCUCUGCAUCCAUGUCCCCUCCACCUGUGCUCUCUCCUGGGGCUGCUUCCGGCUCCUCCCAGGCAGCCACCGCCAGUGCUAAACUUCAGUACCAGAGACUUCGGUCUGUGCCCCAGCCAAGGCGAUUCUACUCCCCACACCUGCCACUCAAAGCCAAGAGCUUGUGCUCACGCCGUGGUUCUGCCCAUUUCUCCAGCCUAGAGAGUGAGGUAUGACACGGGGCUUCGUUGCUGCGCGUGUGUGUAAGCUCUACUGUGAAGCGCAGCUGGAGUGUGAUGCACAUACAUGCGUCGCACCAAGAUGAGAAAAAUGUCCACGACAGUGACCAGGGCAGCAAAGAAACAACAGUCAAAGCAGGGAAUGGCUCAACAAAUUCCGCCACGGUCACAAUGGAUACUCCAGCCAUGCUCCAUCUUCGGACUGAGCUGAGUAUUAUGAUGUCUUCUGUGCUCCUCUCCUCCAAUGAGAACAGUGGAUAGCAAAUGUCUGGGAUUUUUCUGUAAGUAAUGAUGUCAUGUUUACACAUAAACACUCCCUCAAA